UUAUUAUUAUUGUAUUUAUUUAUUUAUUUUUACAACGGUCUUUCGCAAUUAUAUUUAAUAACAUCACUGUUAUUGUGUUUGUAGCCUUCGUGGCUGGGCGGCGCCAGAUGAUCCACAUGAUGCGGAAGCUUCACAUACUCCACUCCUCGUCCACAGCCUGAACCGCUCCAGUGUUAUUUUGCGAAAAAGUCCAACACGCAAACAGCUGUGAGGUGGAUAACUUUCCUACACAGACAAGAGGAGUUGGACAUACAUAUGCAGAGGUAUUUUGCUGUUGAGGAUCACCACAGUUCACACCCCCCAACUUGGAGAGGAGCCUCCCCCUGGUCUGCAGUGACUAUUGGACUCCCCAGUAAAUCAUUAACUACAUCAAUCUGUGAAUUCCUUCCAUAACAUCCUUGGAUGGACAAACCGCAACAGAUGAAAUGAACGCUAAGUUCACUGUUCAAAUAGAAGGACCCUUUUUAUAAAUCUGUGCCUAAAGAAAACAACAAGUCAUAUACAGCAUUGAUGUUACAGACUGAUUGAAUUCCUUUUUCAACCCCUCUGGCUGACCUGCAGCACAUGGUAACAACCCAGAUUAAAUCAGCUUCAGGGUAGAGAAGUUGACCAUUAACCUCCCCUACUGAUUGCAAACACCUCUCCACAUCUAAGCAGCUGCUUCUACACAGUGGAUCCUGAAGCAAAGUUCACUGUCACAGGCAGCAGACGUCUGUCAAACGGCAGGAGCUUGCUCCCUCCUCUGGACUUGUCCUCUUAUUCUUACAGUUUUUGCAUUUUUUAAAGGACUAAAUCUGCAGCCAUGGCUACAGCAAGUUAUGGAUACUACCGAUGCACUAUAUUCAUGGCUAUGUUUGUAGGCUACACACUGUACUACUUUAACAGAAAGACUUUCUCCUUUGUGAUGCCUUCUCUAAUGCAAGAAAUUAAGAUGGAUAAGGAUGAUCUGGGCAUGAUCACCAGCAGUCAGUCUUUGGCCUACGCUAUCAGUAAGUUCAUCAGUGGUGUGCUUUCGGACCAGAUCAGUGCCCGCUGGCUCUUCUCCAUUGGCCUGUUCAUGGUGGGAGGCAUCAAUGUGGUCUUCUCCUGGUCCUCCACUGUCGCUGUCUUCUCUGCCCUGUGGUUCCUCAACGGCCUGGGCCAGGGCCUCGGCUGGCCUCCCUGCGGCAGGGUUCUGCGCAAGUGGUUUGAGCCCUCUCAGUUCGGGACAUGGUGGGCAGUUCUCUCCUGCAGCAUGAAUCUGGCUGGCAGCUUGGGCCCCAUUAUUGCUACAGUGCUGGCCGAGAGUUACAGUUGGAGGACGAUACUGUCGGUAUCUGGAAUGAUUUGUGUGGCGUGCUCCUUUAUCUGUCUGCUGCUCAUCAAGAAUGAGCCUAGGGAGGUGGGGCUGCCCAAUAUAGAGGCAACAGUCAAGAAGAGCAAAGGAGGAUCCUCCAGUGAUGAAAGCACCCUGUCCGAGUUCCUGCUGUCACCCUACCUGUGGCUGCUCUCUGUAUCCUACCUGGUGGUGUUCGGGGUGAAGACGGCCUGCACCGACUGGGGCCAGCUGUUUCUCAUUCAGGACAAGGGCCAGUCUACACUGAUGGGUAGCUCAUACAUGAGUGCUCUGGAGGUUGGAGGCCUGUUGGGCAGUCUCGCAGCAGGUUUCCUCUCUGACAAGGCUGUGGCCAAACAAGGCAUGAGAAUCUAUGGCAAUCCCCGCCAUUUCAUCCUGAUCUGCAUGAUGGCUGGCAUGUUUGUGUCCAUGUACCUGUUCAGAGUCACAGUUACUCCCGACAGCUCAAAGGUGUGGAUACUCAGCUUGGGUGCUGCUUUUGGUUUUUCCUCUUAUGGACCAAUAGCAUUGUUUGGAGUUAUAGCCAAUGAGAGCGCCCCAUCCAACUACUGUGGGACAUCACACGCCAUUGUUGCCCUGAUGGCCAACAUUGGUGGCUUCCUGUCUGGACUACCGUUCAGCACCAUUGCCAAGCACCACGGCUGGGAAAUGGCCUUCUGGGUAGCAGAGAUCACCUGUGGCGCCACCACUAUUGGAUUCUUCCUGCUGCGCAACAUCCGAACCAAGAUGGGUCACACGUCCAAGAAGGAAGACUAACGUCAUUACACCUCAUCUUCUGCGUCCAGAGGAAAACUGGAAACUUUGAGCCAUCAUUGUAUUUUCAGAUUUUUCUUACUUGAUUUUUUUUUUUAUAUCACAGCAUUUUCUGUCACUCUUACAGGACAUAAACAUAAAUGGAAGCUCUGAGAAGUUGAGCACCAGGUGCUUUUCUACAUACAGUAUUUACAGUCUGUAAACAUGACAACAAUGACUGAGGGGAAUUUAAAUGUCUGCACAUUUUGUAUGUCAAACGUGGCAAAAACACACAAGAGAAAGGUUUUCUCUCCAAAGGCCACUUUAGUAUAUCAAUGAUAAGAGCACAAAACUAGAACCUGGUUUAGAAACUGCUGCUAUAUUAUACAAUAUCUGUGUUAAAAAAACAACUUUGUAAUAUUGAAUCAUGAAUGGAAUUACAAGACUUACACGAUGCUCAUCUUUUUUGUAGAAAGAAAAAUGCGAAGUCUUCCUUAUGAGAACAGUCAGUCUUGAAUAAAUUAUGUUUGUUGUUA